AGGACCAAUAGGCGUUCGUCUUUCGCGAGCGCCGACGGCGCUCCAAGCGAGAGGGGAAGCAGUGUAAAGUGGAGAGUCUUCUACAGGAGUGGGAGGUUGUGUUUGAAGUUAAAAUGUCCGUGCUGGUGAUCCGUCUAAUAAAUGGAUGAAGAGAUUAAUACUACCUGAAUAUCGUGCUAUAAAACGCGAACUCGGUGCUAGAGUGAAGUGGGAGAUCGCGUUGUGUUUAUCCAUGAUAGGCUAAAAAUAUGCUUUAGGCGUCGUCUGCGUGUCUGUGUAAUAGGAGGUGAAAAGAAAAGUACGCAAAAUGGCGGAUCUAGAGGCAGUGCUCGCAGACGUGAGCUAUUUGAUGGCGAUGGAGAAAAGCAAAUGCACUCCAGCCGCCAGAGCCAGCAAAAAAAUCAUCCUUCCGGAUCCGAGCGUUCGCAGUGUCAUGCACAAAUAUUUGGAGAAGAAGAACGAAGUCAACUUCGACAAGAUCUUCCACCAGCAUCUCGGGUACCUGCUGUUCAAGGAUUUCUGUGAGACUGUGUCGGAGGAACCCGUUCCGCAACUCAAAUUCUACGAAGAGGUGAGCAUUUCCCCUGUUCCCAUUCUCGUCCAAAUUGAGUCCCCGCGCCCGAUCCAGCUCCCGCCUGGCCUGUAUACCCUUCCCAUCCCCUCCCGGCGGUCGAUAUCCUCCCGGUCGGCGACCCGGGCGCUGCCGGGCGCGCGCCCUUCGCCCUUCGCCGCCGACCCCGCUCCCCCUCCCCCCCCCGCCCACGCCACCGUCACGAGCGCGCGCGCUCUGGCUGCGCAGAUACGGCAGUAUGAGAAGCUGGAAUGCGUGGAGGAGCGGCGGAAGCUGGCGCGCGAAAUCUACGACAAUUUCAUCAUGAAGGAGUUGUUGGCCCAUUCGCACGACUAUUCAAAAGAAGCUGUUGCACAUGUGCAGAAAUUUCUCAUGAAAAAUGAGGUCCCUGUCAAUUUGUUCGAGCCAUAUAUAGAAGAAAUUUUCAAUCACCUACGUGGAGAACCAUUUAAGAAGUUCCUGGAAAGUGACAAAUACACACGGUUUUGUCAGUGGAAAAAUCUUGAACUUAAUAUUCAGUUAACAAUGAAUGACUUUAGUGUUCAUCGUAUUAUUGGAAGAGGAGGUUUUGGGGAAGUUUAUGGUUGUCGGAAGGCAGACACGGGCAAGAUGUAUGCUAUGAAGUGUCUGGAUAAAAAACGUAUCAAGAUGAAGCAAGGUGAAACUUUAGCUUUGAAUGAACGUAUUAUGUUAUCUCUGGUCAGCACAGGAGUGGAUUGUCCCUUCAUUGUGUGCAUGACAUACGCCUUUCACACGCCUGACAAACUCUGUUUCAUACUUGAUUUAAUGAAUGGAGGUGACCUACACUAUCAUCUCUCGCAACAUGGAGUUUUCAAUGAGCACGAGAUGAAAUUUUAUGCUGCAGAAGUUAUUCUAGGUCUGGAGCAUAUGCAUCGACGUUAUAUUGUGUAUCGAGACCUGAAACCUGCCAAUAUUCUUCUGGAUGAACAUGGUCAUGUGCGCAUAUCAGACCUUGGAUUAGCAUGUGACUUCUCGAAAAAAAAGCCUCAUGCUAGUGUGGGCACCCAUGGCUACAUGGCCCCUGAGGUUCUCUCUAAGGGCACGGCCUACGACUCGAGCGCUGACUGGUUCUCCUUCGGCUGCAUGCUGUACAAGCUGCUGAAGGGUCACAGCCCCUUCCGGCAACAUAAAACGAAGGACAAGCACGAGAUCGACCGCAUGACACUCACUAUGAAUGUUGAACUACCUGAGGCAUUCUCAAGAGAACUUCGGUCUCUGCUGGAGGGCCUCCUGCAACGGGACAUUGACAAAAGAUUGGGUUGUAAAGGCAAUGGUGCGGACGAGGUGAAGGAACAUGCGUUCUUUGCUGGAAUGGACUGGCAACAAGUGUAUCUACAAAAGUACACUCCACCUUUAAUUCCACCACGAGGUGAAGUGAAUGCAGCUGAUGCCUUCGAUAUUGGAUCUUUUGAUGAAGAAGAUACUAAAGGAAUCAAGCUGACUGAAGCUGACCAGGACCUGUACAAAAAUUUUCCUCUGGUCAUCUCAGAAAGAUGGCAAGCAGAGGUUGCUGAAACAGUCUUUGAGACAAUCAACCAGGAGGCAGACAAAGUUGAGCAGAAACGAAAAGCAAAGCAAAAACAAAAAUUUGAUGCUGAUGAAAAAGAAUCCGAUUGCAUUUUACAUGGCUACAUAAAAAAGUUGGGUGGGCCGUUUGCUUCAGCCUGGCAAACACGAUAUGCUAAAUUAUAUCCAAAUCGAUUAGAAUUACACCCUGAAUCAGGCAGCACCAAACCAGAACUAGUUUUUAUGGAUCAGAUUGAAGAUGUUAGUGCUGAUUUGGUUCAUGUAAAGAAUGAGCAGUGCAUUGUGGUGCGCACACGGGACAGCAAGAUUGUCCUCACCAACCCGGAUGAAAUCGGCCUCAAGGAGUGGUCACUGUCAUUGCGCUCAGCGCAUAAGUGCUCUCUGGAGUUAUUAAGCAGUAUGGCGAAGAAAGCAGGCAAAAUCUACGGUACGGAACGUGAUGCCAACAAUCGUACUCCAGUGAUUUCUGCACGCAACACCAAUGGCAACUAGGGUGCAGGCGACUGUUAUCGUCGCUAGGUGUCUGUGUUCCUCCAGUGUAUGGGUUAUUUUUAAGAUAAUUCUGUGCUAGUGGUGUGCAAGAAACGGUGUGUGUGGUGUGUGGGUGCGCUUGCGUGUGUGCAAGAGCCAGGGUUUGAGGCACAGAGUCUGCAGUGUGCAAUGUUCUGUGCCCUCUGCCUCACUUCCGCUCGUUUCAUUCGCGCGAGGUCUGUGUUGUUGCCGGCCUUCGCCCCCCAGUCUUGCCUUGCCUACGUUUGUCUCCAUGAUUGGGACAAAUGCCAGAACGAAGGGUUUUGCAGCUGCUGGUUCUUCCUGGCUUAGUGCUCCUAGGGCUAGCCGUGACCACCGAGAGAGUAUGCGCUGCAAGGAAGAUUAUAUUACCUGGCAGAUAUGCUAACCCACUACUUUCCAUGUUAAUGAAAACUUUCCAUCUGCUCAGCACUUGCACAAAUAAGUUGGUGCUGAAUAUUUGUUAUUUAUAAUGGUUUGUGAGCAGGUGAAAUGUUUUAGUCUUGUGCAAAACAUUAUAGGGUGAUACGAAAGAAAAACUUUUACAUUUUAGGAUUACCCAUGCAAUUGUGCUGCAGAACAUUCUAGUUCUUCAGGAGUAUUUUGAAUUCCUAUGUCAUCCUUCAUAGCAUGCCAUUACAUGUCGAGUAUUUUGACAGCAAUAUGCAUUCCUAUGUGCUAAACCGCUCUCAUUCUACCUCUUACUUCGUACUGUUGUGCGCCAAGUGACUUGCCGAGGCUGGUGAUGUGCAGUGUGAGAUGGGAGCCUAGGAGAUGUGCACCUGAGUGCAGGGACUCUCUCUCUGUGGUCUCGGUUCUGCCUUCUGGGGACUCCCACUACAAUCCUUCCCAAUGGAAUGGAGCGUAGUUCCCGAUAGUGGAGGUAUUUUCUCCCAUCAUAUCUUGCACGCAUGAGCCAGGCCCCUGGCCUUGAAGAUCCGUACAAGAGUUGCCUAAUUUGUGAUAUGGCUGGGGCACGGUCCUUGCCGGGCCCUUUGCCCUCUCUCGUUUUCCGGGCGACUGCCCUGCUGUAUUAUGUUGUAGAUAUGAAAAGUAUUAAGCACAACUGUUGGUUAUUGAAAGUAAUUUAUGUUAUUAUGUAUAUUAUGUUUAUAUCAGUCAGUCUUUGGAGUUUCUACUGUGCUUCUGUGUUUUUUAACCAGAGACUUGUCGCAUAUACUAAUAUAAACUUAUGUGGCCAAUUGAAGUUGACAUGAGUGAGAGGGCGCAUGCCCUGUAGUAAGACAUUGAUCAGCUUGGCAUAGGGCCAAAUAGCACUGCACGGCACGGUAUUUUGUUGGCUGAUUUGAAAUUUGGUACAUUGCUCUGUGAGUGUGUUGCAAUUGCUCAGUAGAAGAGAAAACUGGAUAAGGUAUUAUCCUUAUUCAAUAGAUUUCUGGAUGUUGGCUUGAUUUCAACUGCAGCUUCCAAUUCAAGUAUAUUUAUUUAUGAGUGCUCAAUAAGAUACAUGGUGAAAUUUCCCUCCUUUCCUUCUCUUAAAUUCAAAAACUUGUUUUCAGAAAACAAUAAUUUCUUUGAACAUUUUCUUUAAGAAUAGUUCAGAAUAGUUAUAUUUAUGUAACUAGAUCAGAAAGUGAAUCUUUGGCAUUCAAAUGAAAUUUUGAUGGAUGAGAUAGCAAUAAGAGCCAAGUUGACAAAGAGAAUAACAAAGAUACUUGCAUGUAAGCUGUGUAUAAUAUUUUUUUUUAGUAGGAAUUCAUGGAAACUUACAAGUUUAUACACUUGAGAUUAUUCUCAAUACGCAGGGCGGUAGUCAUGUUGAUUCAUGUCACCCUGGUGUUUUAUUUACUUUGCGAUAUCUUGUUUUGUAUGUUCACAACUUCUUUAUGGUACAUAUAUUGAAAAGCCUAUUUUGCUGUACCACUAAGUCUAGAGUGCAAGUAACAGCUUCAAAACAGAAAAAAAAAAGGGAAAGGUAAGUACCCGUUUCCAUGCAUUCAUGCUGAAAAAAAUUUGAAGAACUGAAUCAGAGGACAUGAACAAACAUCAGGCUUGGUAACAAAUUACAAUGAAACCUGCUCAAGUAGUCACCUUGAUUACGCAGUCAUUUCUGUUAACAGCCACUUUUUCAUGGAACCAAUUGAAUUUUCCAUAAGAGAUGUGUAAAUAUUUCCUCUUGGCGACCAACAGCCUUGCUCAUUUUGUAGGUUGACUUUGAUUAAGCAUUGACUUCAAGCAAUUUUGAAAUGUAUUAUAAUAAGAAGCAUAAAUAUAGUGGAGAUUACUGUUGAAAAAGAUUUAUCUUCUUACCCCCCUUCGAGAGAUGCUGAUCUUUCAGGAGAAUUAAUUUCUGUUUCAGGUUACAACACUUGAUUUUAAUAACUCUCACUAAAACAAAACAUGUUUGUUUUGCCCAUUUCUCAGCUUUCCUGUGUUUUGCUUACUUGUGUUUUCCUUCUAUGGUAAUUUGUUAAGGACUCUGGGAACAUGCCAAAAUUGUGAUAGUGAUUUGAAGGUUAGUUCAAUUUGAUUCGCGGAAGGUGGAUAGUGAGUUCCUUGACUAAGAGAAUGAAUGACAAGUCAGGGUUGUGUUUUGAUAUUAUUGUGGAGGUAAAUGAUCCUGAAUAAUGUGCUUAAAUUGUAUAUUGACAUUUGUAGCAAUUAAAAAUGUUAAAGAGAUCGUACUUCAUUUCAUAACAAUUAGCACAAUUAAAUUUGUUUUACGCUUCUGGUAACCUUAUGACCCAGAAGCCAUGUCUAUAAACAGACAAUUUUUGCUACAACCAUUGGUGACCACUUAAGACAGGUUUCACUGAAUAAGAAUUGAACAAAAAAAUCAUCUGUAAAGAGUAAAUGAUUAUGGAAAAUUUGAGAUAUGAUGUAAACAUAAUCAAAAAAGGUAAUUAAGUACUUCAAUUACAGAGAAUUAUAAUUACUUCCCAGCAUUUGUAGUCUUCAUAGCCUGUAAUGCAAUGAGAAGUGUCCUCUAUGGUUGAGUAGAAUAACCCAUAGGUUGUAAAUGAAGGCUGCUGAAUUGAAUCCUGGUUAUCUGGUGUCUCCCAGAGAUAUUGUGUUCUAUUCAGAAGUAUCAACUUAUUGACCAACUUGUGUUCUUGUCAUGGCUAAAGCAAAUGUACAGAUACUGCCAAGAACAAAUUUCCUGGUCAGUCAAGAUAUCUUUCACUUAUAUCCUGAUUAGUUUUACUUGAAUAGCAAGAUCUUCCUGAGACUAGUGAGCAAGAUGCUUUCUGCAUCUCCUGUAAGUGCCAUUGAGGUAUACGUUGGUGAAUCCCAUUGGUCCCUUCAUUGUUGUUUGUGAGAUAGCUUAAUUUUAAUACAUAGUUUUCCAAUCAAAUUCUUUAAUGUUCCUUUCCUAAUAUUUCCACUUUGCUUUUGCAUGAUUAGUAAAUUAUUUGACAAAUGGAAUGAUGGUAAUUUUCUGACAUUAUAAAAUAUAUAUGCUGAUGUAUUUUAGACGUAAUAUUUUUAAUGAAAAAUUAUAUGUAAAUAUAGAACAAAAGGUUAACAAGAAAAAUGAACAAGUUUACAGAAAAGACACAUCUCAGCAUAUUACAGUACAAUUAUUUAUAACUUGAAAUUUUGUUAUUAUUUAUUUUUCUUCUAAUUGAAAGUUUUGCUCUCUAUAUUUUCUUUUCUAUGACAUUAGGCAUCUUCAAGUUAAUUGGCACUGUCUUCAUGAAAAUAUAUUGUGCCAAAUUAAAGAUAAUUUUGAACAAAAACAGAUGGACACUUUAGAGGAAAAUGAUAAUUGUAACAAUUAGUUUAGCAUAUUCUUCAAAUUCUCUAAAGAUUAGAAAUAUGAAUAUUUAUUCUUAGAUAGGGUAAACAGUAUUGCUUUUGGAGUAUUCUAUCAAGAAACAUGUUCAUUAUUAAUACAAGUUUUAAUAUUAAUAUUUUUGGUAGAAAUAAUUAUGUUGUAAUAUUGUUAAAGGAUAAUUUAACUAUAUUAAGAAUUAAAUUGAUUAUUAUCAUAAAUGUAAUGUGCUGGAAAUACAGUGGUAUAAAAUUGAAUUUGAUGAAGGGUGAAAGGAGAGAAGGGAAACUCAGCCAUAGACUGACAGUUGUUUUAAAAGUUAGUGAUAAACAGUGCUUUAUUAUUACCAUUUAGAAUUGAAUUUUGACUUUAUGAGAAAACAUAUUUUAAAAAAUUUGAUCCAUUUUCAAGUAUUUAAUCAUUUUCUGUUGGAAGGAAUUAUUCUUCUCUGAUAACUGCAUUGCAAUUAUGCUUCACAUACCCAAUCAUUUAUUUUGAAUGUCUGCAGUUUGUAUUUGCAUCAGAAAACUUAUUUUGUUUGUUGUCUGUCCAUAUCCCUGUUCUUCAGAAAUUUUAGAAGUAUCUGUCAUUAUUGAAAUGUUUAGAAUAGAAAAGACUGAAAUGAUCAUGUACAUGAUAAGCAAGAAUUCUUUAUUUUCAUUAACUUUUGUUUGCUCUAAAGUUCCACUUUUUCAGCCAAAAGUUCACAAUUAAUUCUCUUUUCAUAACUGUAGCAACUUUUUGAUUUCUUAAAAUUUCAAUAUAGAUACUAAUUGGUUGGGCUGUGUAGAAGAUAAGGUUUGUGUUUGGUCCCAAAUAUGAUACAUGGAAAGAUAGUGUGCAAAUACUUGUAAAGUUUGGCUGCAAAAUGAAUUUUCAUUUGCAAAUCAGUAUUAUAAAGGAUAGGAAAUGUCAUUACUCCUUCUUCCCCCCCCCGAAAUGAAGUUUUUUGUAUCUAGACCUCAGCAAAGUUGAUUCAGUGCUGUUUAGAAAGGAGUAAAUUUCACAUUCCUAUUUCACAAUUUUUGAUGAAACAUUCCAAUGCAUUUUUGAUUAAUUCUUCAGUAUUAUGCAAACGUUCACAGGAUUUUGAUGAAUCAUUGGGUGGAAUUUUUUCUUCUUCUUCUUAUCACAGAAAGUAUUUUCCUGAAUACACAUUUUGUUUCCAAGCUAUUUUUUCAGGGGGUUCUGAACUGAAAUUUACCUCCAUCCUCAUCCUGGUGCAUAACUAAAGACAAAUUAUAUCAUUGCAUAUUAAAUAUUUUAAGUAAGUUUUCAGAUACAUUAGACAAAUUUCUUCAUAUCCUGACCAACAAAGCCCUUAUUGUCAUUUCUCUUACAUCUUGUGAUUAAUUUUUCUGCCAGACACCAAUGCUAUUUUACAACCGGAACUACCUUCAUGAAAUUCUGCCUUCCUGGACCUCAAAACAUGGAAAUUUGAAGAAAUGGAGAGAGAGAGAGACAGACAGACAGACAGACAGACAGAAAAAGAGUACUUGUUUAACUUGACAAAAAUUAUUUGUUAAUUGAAAAAUGUUCCUUCUUUUAUAGUCAAAGCUCAGGUGCUAGAUUAUUUAACAUAAAAACUAUGUAAAAUGGUUGGUUAGUUUUUAGUUCUUGACAAUCUGUUAAAUAUUAGUAAAUUGGUUGAUGGAGUUCUCAAAGGAAUCAUUAUUUUAUACUUAUUGAUUUUAAGUGAAAAUCAUUUAAAUUUAAUUUAUUUUAAAGCUAGGGUUAUUUUCUGUUAAAUGUGCAUUAAAAUCACUUCAUGACAAUUUGCAUUUCAAUUAUAAUAAAAGCAAAAACGACAAUUGAAAAUUACCCCAGAACUCGUGUUCCAAGGGACGAUAAGCCCUAAUGAACAUGUUCAGGGCCGUGACUUCUCUAUUUGAGUGGGGCGUUAGAUCCACGGCUGAGGGUGCGUGCGCAUCGUUCCUAGAGCAUCUUCGCGGAGAUCUUUCCAGAAUCCACUCAGAACACUCAUAGUGUAUCGUUCUUUGCACCUGGACAGUUUCCGGCGCCUGCAAGCGCCAAUAGCCAGAGGCGUCGGAAAAGCUGGACAUUUCCCACGUUUGACAUUGUGCCAUCUGUGCUAAUAUGUGAAAAUUGGAAUUCGUUUGUCGAAUUUCGUUUACUUCAGGAUGUCUACCCCAAUUUGAAAAAAAAGGACGUAGUAUUUUAAAUGAAUUUUGUUUCUAUGGGGGAAGCGAAGUAUAAUUGUUGCUUUUGCUCGUACUCAUGUUCGUUCCGACGCCCCUGCCUUCAGCUCCGCUGGGGUAUCGCUGCGCCGCCUCGAGCAGAGCGCCAGCUCUCCUCGGCUUGCAAUGUUUCUUGCCGUGCCGUGCCGUGCUGUGCUGUACCAUGCCGCGCUGCGCAGCCAGGGCAUGCGAGCGCGUGCGUGUUGGGGUGUGUAGUUGAUGUUAGCCGUGUUGUGAAGCGUAGGCAGCGGUCAGGGCUGCUGGAGGACGGAAGGGAAGGAGGGCGGAGCGCCCUCCCGGCAUCCUCGCUAUCCUCACGAGGAC